GCCCAAAGGUGAUGUCAUUUGCCAGACCAAAAAGUGACCCCAGAGUGUGGUGUACGGAUGGCGGAUGGGGGUGGGUCCGAAUCUAGAACAUUCCUGGCAGAGGACUAUUUUUAUUUUUGUUUGUUUUGUCUUUUGUGAAAGUAUGACGUAGACAAAACGGAAAUUUGAAGGUGAGCCAAACAAAGCGAAAUAGAGAAAUAAAGCCAAAACCUAUAUAAAGAAGACUAAAUUACAAUUUGUUAAAUUAUAUUUAUCAGAUACAUUAUUGAAGUAUUUAAUAUUUUAAUAAACUGGCCAUUAAUAUAAUCGUCAAUAAUGGCGACUUUUGUUCUGUCUGAUAAUCAAUACACUGAUAAACAAGAAGCAACAUCACCAACAACGUCUAAUAACUAUUUUCAAAUACCCCAAGUUAAUAUUGAAAGAAGUAAGUCGGAUAAAAAAAAAAGUAGUAAUACAAAAUUAUCACCAAGUAAGUUAUAUUCCAAGAGUCCGGUUUCUCCAACGGCUAAAUUCCCAUUCAAAAAUUUACCACCUUCGGUUGAGUCGAUUGCAAAUGAUGAUAUAGAAGAGUACUUUAAGAAAGAAACACCAAUAGUUUUCGAUAUCCGACCAUUUAACUUGUACUCGCAAUCCCGGUUAUCUAAUUCAAUCAACCUAUGUAUGCCCACCACGUUAUUGAAAAGACCAGCUUAUGAUUUGGUUCAAUUAUUAAAUCUGAUUAAUAUUUCGGUUAACGAUAAACAAAUCAUACAUCAUCAAAUACACACAGUGACCACUGAACCAAUCAGUAUUCUUGUUUAUGAUUCGGAAUCUUAUACUAAUCACAUUACUUUUGCUUUAUAUCAAACUAUAUUUAAGUUUUUGAAAUAUAACUCUAAUGAAGAAACUAAAUUCAAAGUUGGAUAUAUUAACGGAGGUUUCAAUUCUAUCGAAAAUAAAUCAAUCGUUGAUUCUUCUGAAUUAAACCCUUCGAAUAAUUUAACCAUUGCUUCACCUCCUUCGUCAACGUUUUCUCUAAGUUCAUCGAUUAGUUCGGAUAGUCCAAUUAGUCCAUUAGCAAGUACAUCGCAUUCAAAUGACCAUAUCGAUGACCAUGCACCAUACCUUGGAGGAUUCACCCUACCUUCUUCAGCACCAUCACAACAAAAAUUUUUAAGUAGUAUUAAGAAAAAUAACUUGAUAUUACCAAAACUUGAUAUGAAAACAAUACAAUCAAAUGAAGAAUUAAUCGAUGAUGAUAUCAAUCAUUAUAAUUAUCAAGUCAAACUACCUAAAAACUUGAAAGAUCAUAAAGAUGAAUUACCCAAUUGGUUAAAGUUUUUAGCAGAAGAUAUCGAUGAUGUUAAUCAUAAUGAAAUAUUAUUGAAGAAGUUUAAUUUGAAAUUUAAUAAGAUUGAAACUUGUGAACAAAUUAGAUUAAAUGCAGCAAUCACUAGAAACUCUGAUCAUGCAGCUUGUUCCAAUCCUAAUAUUUGCAGUCCUUCGUCUUUAUGUCCUGGGUGUGACGAUAUCAAUUAUAAAAUACCAAAAGGUAUUGAAUAUGGUUUCAAAAAUCGCUACAAUAACAUUUGGCCCUAUGAACACUCGAGAGUCAAAUUGAUUAACCUGCCUUCAAUCCAAAAAAUUUAUAAUAAUGAUAAUGAUGAUUAUUUCAAUGCUAAUUACAUUCAUUUCCCCAAAUUAAGUAAUAACCGUUAUAUCGCUACCCAAAAUCCUCUACAAUCUACAUUUGAGGAUUUUUGGAAAAUUAUAUGGUAUAAUAAAAUCCCCUUGAUUAUUUGUUUAAAUAAUCAAUCAUUAAUGUUGAAUCAAAAGUAUUUUGAUGAUCAAUUUUUCCCAACAAGUCAAUUAAAAGUUGAAGUCAUAUCAACUAAAAAUCAAUCUAAUUAUAUUCAUCGGGAAAUUAAAUUAUCUAAAUUAAACUAUAACCAUGAUAACACACAAAUUAUUAAUCACUUUGAAUAUAAAGACUGGCCUGAUUUCGGGGUUCCCAAAACUUUUGAUUCAAUUUUAAAUUUAAUUAAUGACAAAUCAAAUUUAAUCACUUCAAAAAAUUUGAAAAAAGAUUUACUUAUACAUUGUUCUGCUGGUUGUGGUAGAACCGGCUGCUUUAUUACUUUAGAUAUGAUUCUUGAUUUAAUGAAAUCUCCUUCUAAUUCAAAAUUUGAUUUCUGGGGUAACGAUGAUUUAAUCUACAAAGCAAUCCAAUUCCAAAGAACUCAAAGAAUAUCAAUGGUGCAAAACUUGGAUCAAUUUAUUGUUUGUUACGAAAUUAUCAUUGAGUAUAUUGUUGAUAACUUAUUGAAAAAAUAAUUCGGUAAUAUAAUUACUGUUCUCUCUCUCCCUUUAAUGGUUUAACGAAUUUUUAAUAGCAUUUUGUAUAUAUUUAAUAAAAAU